AAACCCUAAUUGAUGCUACCGCAGUAAAAUGGCUCCAAAGCAGCCAAGUACAGGUCUUUUUGUUGGAUUGAACAAAGGUCAUGUUGUUACCAAGAAGGAGUUGGCUCCACGACCCUCAGAUCGUAAAGGGAAAACAAGCAAACGAGUGCACUUUGUAAGGAACCUCAUCCGUGAGGUUGCUGGCUUUGCACCUUACGAAAAGCGUAUAACUGAGUUGCUUAAGGUUGGAAAGGAUAAGAGGGCACUGAAAGUUGCCAAGAGAAAGCUUGGAACCCAUAAACGUGCAAAGAAGAAGCGUGAGGAGAUGUCUAAUGUUCUCCGAAAGAUGAGGGCUGGUGGAGCCGGUGAUAAGAAGAAAUAGGUCUAUUUGUUUCAUUUCAUUCCUUGUCAGUAGAUUGUAUCAAUGUUUUAAAAGACAAGUUGUCUAAGUUUUGUUUUGAUUCAGUUAUGUAGUGUGGCUUUUACAUUUAGAGAUAUCUUGUUUUGACUAUAUGAUUUAUGGAAAGUGCUAUUGGAUUA